UACUGUGAUCUCCGGAUUCCUGGUUCCUGGUCUGUGAUUUGAAGCAUUUGAAUGAAGCAUAUUUGAAGUGCUUUGAAAUAAGUCUUUUUGUGCUGUUUUACUAAAAUAUUAAAUGAUUUUGUUUCUAAAAUAUAAUGUAUUAUUGUGAAGUCGUGAACUGAUGAAUAUAAAAUUCUGUUGACAAUGUUUUACCACAUAUCUUUAGAGCAUGAGAUCUUACUGCAUCCUCGAUACUUUGGGCCCCAGUUGCUAGAUACAGUAAAACAGAAGCUAUACACAGAAGUUGAAGGGACAUGUACAGGCAAAUAUGGUUUUGUAAUAGCAGUGACAACAAUAGAUAGUAUAGGAGCGGGUCUCAUCCAGCCUGGUCAAGGAUUUGUGGUGUACCCAGUCAAAUAUAAAGCUAUAGUGUUCAGGCCAUUCAAGGGAGAAGUCCUUGAUGCUAUAGUUACACAAGUUAAUAAGGUUGGAAUGUUUGCACAAAUAGGUCCGCUUAGCUGUUUUAUUUCACAUCAUUCGAUUCCAGCAGAUAUGGAGUUCUGUCCCAAUGUAAAUCCCCCGUGCUACAAGAGCAAACAGGAAGACAAUGUCAUACAGGAGGAGGAUGUCAUCCGAUUAAAGAUUGUGGGAACUAGGGUUGAUGCUACUGGUAUUUUUGCAAUUGGAACAUUAAUGGACGACUAUUUAGGAUUAGUGACACAGUAAUUGUAAUAAUUGGAAUAUUAUGUAUAUUAUUAUAAGAUUUAAUUAUAAAAUGAAACACA